AGGCGAGGAUACCAGUGAAAUACUGAUUGAAAUGUAUUCUCGAUGCGCUUUUUCGGUUUAAAUGGAAGGUCCACAGUUUUCAUAAAUAAAUGAAAAUAUUAUUUGGAGCACAAAACGCAUGGUUUUAAUAAAUAGUGUUGAAUGAUAUACAUAUCAUUAUGUCGACAUAAUAUAUAUCCAGUAUAUCAAACAUUUCCCACUGACGAAGAUGGACCUUUUCAAAUAGACUACUACCACUUUAAAUGAGUUCAGAGUUCUCCGCUGCACGUGGUCAAACCAACAUGGCAGCGCCCUGUCCGUCUCUGUGAGAGUGGAAUUGGAAGUUAAGUAUAAGAAGUAUCGACAGAGUGAUGGCGGAUGUUGGUGGCAGCCCAGUGGCUGAUGCUCCACCUUCAAACGAGGAGAAUCCCGAGGACCUCCCUCAGGUCUCCGGCAACGAUGACGCGAAGGCUGACGACAAAGCCGACGGGGGGACCGAGGCGUCCUCUGACGCCGGCAUGUACCGCUACAUCAGAGAGGACCUCUUCACGUCAGAGAUCUACAAAGUGGAGAUCAGGAACCUACCAAAGUUCAUCGGUUUCAACGACCUGAAGAAGUUCCUGGCCAAACACGGCGUCGACCCGCACAAAAUCAAGCUGUUCGGCAAGCAGACGUUCGCUUUCGUCACCUUCAAGAACGAAGAAGAGCGCGACAAGGCCAUGAAGAUGGUCCACGGCAUGCAGUGGAAGGGCCAGGUGCUGAGCGUCCGGCACGCCAAGCCCAAGGUGGACCCCAUCCUGAGGAAGAGGAAGCAGGAGGAAGGAGACGUCGCGGGGGGACAGCCGCCACCCAAGCGGGCAGAAGGGGACGAGGGGGGGAAGAGGGGGGCGGAGGAGCCGCCGCUCAGCGUCCAGAUAGCCAACGUCGUGACUCCUCUGUGGAAUGUGCCUUACGAGGAGCAGCUGAGGAGGAAGGAGCAGGAGGUGGUGGGCGUUCUGCAGCGGCUGGCCAAAGAGAUUGGGAGCACCAACAAAGCCAUGUUGCCAUGGCUGUUUGCACAGAAAGGAAAGUACAACAGAAUGUGUUGUUCUCUGACGGCCAUCCGACCAUCUCCCACGCAGACGGAGUACAGAAACAAGUGUGAGUUCCUCAUUUCGAUGGGGGCCGACGGAGAGGACAAGACCGUCGGUUUCCGCCUGGGAAAGUACAAAGGCGGCUCCUGUGCCGUGGUGGGGCCGGCUGAGACGCGCCACGUCUCGGCCGAGGCCAAGAGGGUGGUCAGCGCCUUUCAGAAGUUCAUCAGAACAACAUCAUACUCUGUGUACAGUCCGGAAACAUACGAAGGACACUGGAAGCAGCUGACUGUGAGGACCACGAGGAGCGGACAAGCCAUGGCCGUGGCCUUCUUCAACCCGCAGAAACUCCCAGAAGAGGAGGUGAACACAUUGAAGAGCUCCAUGAAGACGUACUUCACAGAAGGAGAGGGGAAAGACAGCGGAGUGACCUCUCUUUAUUUUGUCAGAGAAGGUCAAAGGACUUCUCCUAACCUAGAGGACCUGCCCUGUGAGCUGGUUGCUGGAGAGAGCAGCAUUCAUGAGGAACUCCUGGGUCUGAAGUUCAGAAUAUCUCCUAAUUCCUUCUUUCAAGUGAAUACAGGCGCUGCAGAGGUGCUGUACACCGCUGUGGGGGAAUGGGCCCAGCUGGACCAGGACAGCACAGUGCUGGACGUGUGCUGUGGGACGGGAACCAUCGGCAUCUCUCUGGCUAAGAGGGUAAAGAAGGUGAUUGGAAUCGAACUGUGCCACGAAGCCGUGGAGGACGCCAAAGUUAACGCAGAGGUCAACGGUCUGACCAAUGUAGAGUUUCACUGCGGAAAAGCAGAGGACGUGUUCCCCAACAUUGUCAACGCUCUCGUGUCAGCCAACGUCACGGCCAUUGUGGAUCCACCGAGGGCGGGCCUACAUUCCAAGGUCAUACUUGCCAUCAGGAGGGCGGAGCACCUGAAGAGGCUGGUUUAUGUAGCGUGCAACGCUAAGGCGGCCAUGAACAACUUCAUAGAUCUGUGCAGAGCGCCAUCCAACAGAGUGCACGGAGUCCCAUUUCGUCCGGUGCGAGCCAUGGCUGUGGAUCUGUUCCCUCAGACCAUGCAUGUGGAGAUGCUCCUGCUGCUGGAGAGGGUGGACUACAACUCCCAGCAGCAGGAGGCCAGCAAGCAAUAAGGAAGAGACAUUCUGUGCGCUCCCAUACUCUUAACAGAUCGCAAGGUUUAGUAUGGCAGAAAAAAUCACGACGUUCUACUGCAUCAGGUGUUUAGUAAAAAUGAUCCUUCUGUUGCAUGCAGUGUGAAUAAAAUUUGGAAAUUGCACUUUGUCAUACGCGCGCGGGACUUGCCAACUGCAAAAUGUGACCAGAUGCAGUAAGACAUCCCUGGUAUUUGUAUUGGAAAAAAGUCUUAAGAAUGACCCUUUUUUUUCACAGGUAGCGUGGGACUUAUAUUACAAUUUACCCGAACGUAUUGAAAUUUGUUAAAAUCUACAAGGCUUUACUUUUAAAGGGUUAGUUCGUUUAAAUAACCGUGUAACCCUUACCAGUCAUUUUGUAAUGCAGUAUUAAUUCAUGCUUCCAAUAAAGUUAAGCAAUAAGUACGGUAUUGGUUGCUCUGUAUUUUGGGCAACUGGGGGCUGCAGAUGGUCCCUUGACCAGUUGUGCUGUUGUAGAUUCAGUACUCAAGAUCAGAUUGUGUUAGAACAUAAUGUUAAAGAAUAAAUAGCCAAAC